GCAUGCGCAGGAGGAGGCUGGACGAGCAGGUAGCCUUCCUCUGGCGGGUCGGGCCGGGGCUCCGGUGCAGCCUCGCAGGAUCAGGUCGCAGUAUGUUCCCCUCGUUUGUGCGCUUAUUAUGACUAGUCUCGGUGUGGAGUUUUCGAGGGCCUCGUCUACACUGACCGUUCCGUGGAGCUCCACACGGCCGCGGCGGACGACAACUGUCCAUUCGUGCCCACGGGUGCCCCGUGGCUUGUUACCUGCGCCGCCCCCUUCGCGCCGUGACGCCCUUCCUGACCCCUUCCCAUGACAAGCGUCUCUCUCCGGGCGACGGCCACAGCCGUGGGGAUCUGGCUGUGAAGUGACCCCCACGCCGGCCCCUCUCCCCCACUCGCCCGCCAUGCCCGGCCCGGGCUCCAUGCUGUGGGCGGUGGAUGUCUUUGGCCGCGUCUACACCCUCUCGGCCUCGGGACAGGCCUGGGAGCGGCUGUGCGGGGACGGGCCGCGCGAGUUCAAGCGUGUCUCGGCCGCCAAGCCCUGCUGCUGGGGCAUCGCCUGCGACCACCAGGUCUACGUCUACGUCCACGCCGGGGACCUGCCCAUCCGCUGCCAGGAGGAGGCCUACGAGAACCAGCGCUGGAAUCCGGUGACGGGCUUCUGCGAGAAGCUUCUUCCCAGCGACCGCUGGCCGUGGAGCGAUGCGACGGGGCUGGAGCACCGGGCGCUGGGGGGCUUCGCGCUGCCCUCUGCGCACUGGGAGUGGGAGCAGGACUGGCACCUCGACCACAACUGCCACGGGGAGCCCACCGCACAAGGGGGCUGGACGUACGCCAUGGACUUCCCGGCGGCCUACACCAAGGAGCAGCGGUGGAACUCCUGCGUGCGGCGGCGGAGGUGGAUCCGCUUCCGGAGAUACGCGGCCCGGGACGCCUGGGCACAGAUCCCGUCCCCAGAAGAUCCCAAACAGCUUCCGGAUCCCUUCAGCGACCUCUCUGUCGGCGGGUGGGAGAUCAGUGAGGAGCCGGCCGGGAGGCUCUCCGUCUGGGCCGUCUCCUUGCAAGGAAAGGUCUGGUACCGAGAAGGCGUCUGCCACCACAACCCCGAGGGCUCCUCCUGGUCCUUGGUGUCUGCUCCCGGGGAAGCCGUGCAGAUCAGCUGCGGGCCGGACGACCUGGUCUGGGCCACCCUGUGGGAGGGGCAGGCCGCCGUGAGGGAGGGCAUCGACAGGAACAACCCCCAGGGCCUCUCGUGGACGGUGGUGGAGCCUCCGGACCCGGCCUGCGGCCUCCUGCACGUCUCUGUGGGCGUGAACGUGGUCUGGGCGCUCACCAAGGACAGGAAGGUCUGGUUCCGGCGGGGCGUGAAUUCGCACAAUCCCAGCGGCACCAGCUGGAUCGGGAUGGUGGGAGAACUGGUGAUGCUGGACGUGGGCCUCAACGACCAGGUGUGGGGCGUCGGGUGCGAGGAGCGUGCGGUGCUCUUCCGCCAGGGCGUCACGCGGAGCGAGCUGAGCGGCAAGGCCUGGAAGGCCCUCGCGUGCGGGCGGGACGGGGACCGGUCCCAGGCGGGCAGCGCCACCAGCCUCCUCAGUGCCGGCUGCUUUUUCACAGAUGACAUCAGGGAACAAUCCGGGUCCGGGCCCCACCCGGGCGAGGAGCGUCCCCCUGACCUCGAGGGCGCUGAUGCUGCUUCCACGUGUGGAGAGGACGGCCGGGGGGAGGACGGGGCGCCUGCCUGCCCGGGGGUCUCCGCUCUGUCCGAAACCCCCCCUGCCCCGGAGAAGGGCCCCGAAGACCCCCCCUCCCCCUGCCCCCCUCCAGGACCCGGGGCCUCGGAGCCAGAGCCGCCCCCGGCCGAGCUGCGGUGGAGCAACAUCGACCUCAAGGAGGCCGCGAAGCCCCCGCCCACGGCCAGCAGCGCCCUCGCGGAGACGGGCAGCCUGGGCUCCUUCGGCCUGGAAGACCCCUUACUUGCUGACGAGCGCCCGCUGUGGGCCUGGGUCUCCGGCGGGGCCUGCCUGGUGGAGCCCCAGGGGCCCCCAAAGUGGUUUGCGGCACAGCCAGCCCCGUCCUGCUCCCCGUCCCCUUUGCUCUCUCUCUCCUUCUCUCCGGCGCAGACGUCCGCCUGGCGCACGCAGAUCCUGCAGCAGCUCUCUGAGCGCACGCGGAGGGAGAACCAGGACUUCCAGCAUUACGAGCAGGCCGUCCAGCAGUCGGUCUGGGUGAAGACGGGGUCCCUGCAGUGGUGGCGCAGCUGGAAGCCGCACAAGUGGGUGGACGUGCGCGUGGCCCUGGAGCAGUUCACUGGCCAGGACGGGGCGCGGGACAGCAUCCUCUUCCUCUACUACAUGCACUUCGAGGAGAAGAAGUACAUCCACGUGUUCCUGAAUGAGGUGACCAUCCUGGUGGAGAUCCUGAACGAGGCCAAGCACUCCUUCGCGCUCUACACGCCCGAGAGGACCAAGCAGCGCUGGCCCCUCCGCCUGGCCGCCCCCACCGAGCAGGAGAUGCGCGACUGGGUGUCCCUGCUGAGCGCCGCGUGCUGCGAGGGCCGUGCCCUAGGGGGGCACCCUUCCCGCCGGGCCAUCUGGUCGCUCACCUGCAAGGGGGACGUCUUCGCCAGCGAGCCCACCCCACACCUGGAGGACCCCGCCCGCCCCGACCCCUGCAACCAGAUGUUCUGGCGGCAGGUGGGGGGCCACCUGCGCCUGGUGGAGAGCAGCAGCCGCGGCGUCACCUGGGGCCUGGGCUACGACCACACGGCCUGGGUCUACACCGGCGGGGGCCCGGGAGGCUCCUCCUCAGGUUUGUCCAGCAGCGGGGAGCACGCCCACACGCAGACCGACGUGAAGUGCGUCUACAUUUACGAGAACCAGCGAUGGAACCCGGUCUCCGGAUACAGCAGCAGGGGCCUCCCCACGGACCGGUACAUGUGGAGCGAUGCCUCGGGGCUGCAGGAACGCACCAAGGACCACACCAAGCCCCCCUCCCCACAGUGGGCCUGGGCGUCCGACUGGUUUGUGGAUUUCGGCAUUUCCGGCGGAACGGACCGCGAAGGCUGGCAGUACGCGGCCGACUUCCCCGCGUCUUACCACGGACACAAGACCAUCAAGGACUUUGUGCGGCGGAGGCGCUGGGCCAGGAAAUGCAAGAUCGUGACCAGCGGUCCGUGGCUGGAAGUCCCUCCCAUUGCGCUGCGGGACGUGUCAAUCAUCCCGCAACUGGAGGACGAGGAGGAGGAGGGAGCGGCCGGCGUGGCGCUCUGGGCCGUGAGCGACAAGGGAGACGUGCUCUGCCGCCUGGGCGUCGCCCCCCAAAACCCAGCUGGGUCGUCCUGGCUGCACGUGGGGACGGACCAGCCCUUCCUGUCGGUCUCCAUCGGCUCCUUCCACCAGGUCUGGGCCGUCGCGCAGGACGGGUCCGUCUUCUUCCGCGGCUCCGUCUCCACCAAGAAGCCAGAAGGCGACGGCUGGUACCACAUCCCUUCUCCUCCGAAGCAGAAGCUGAAGCAAGUCUCCGUGGGAAGGACCUCCGUGUUUUCCGUGGACCAGAAUGGUAACCUGUGGUACCGGCAAGGCAUCACGCCCAGCUACCCGCAAGGCAGCGCCUGGGAACACGUCUCCAACAACGUGCGCAGAGUCUCCGUCGGACCCUUGGACCAGGUGUGGGUGAUAGCGGACAAGGUGCAGGGAAGCCACAGCCUGAGCUGCGGGACCGUCUGCCACCGCCUGGGCGUGCGGCCCGGGAUGCAGCCCAAGGGCCUCUCCUGGGACUACGGCAUUGGGGGCGGCUGGGAGCACGUCACGGUCCGGGGGAAUGCCGUGGAGGGCGCCCGAGCCGCGCUGCUGCUGCAGGACGAGGAGCAGGAGGAGGAUCCUGGCGGAGGCGGACGCGGAGCACCGCGAGGAGGAGCCGUCCUGGUGGAGGAGUCUCGGGAGCCAGGCGGGAAUGCCGCCCAGUGCUGAGCGCCUGCUCCUUCCUUCCUUCCUUCCUUCCUUCCUUCCUUCCUUCCUUCCUUCCUUCCUUCCUUCCUUCCUUCCUUCCUUCCUUCCCCUGGGAUCAGGCCCAGGGAGACGUAGUUUCCCAAGCAAGCAAGCACGUGCUGGGGAGUCUGCGGAGGUGGGAUGUCAGCGGGGCCGGAGCCCCCUUGGUGAAGGAACGGAUGACCCCUCACGGAGUUGUGAAAACUGCUUAGGACUCUUAUCACUGAACUGUAUUAUCAAUCAAUCAAUUUAUUAAUGCUCCGACCAAUGGUCAUAUGCAUAUACAGAAACAACAUCAAUCAAACAUCUAUACAAAACACUAUAAAAUCCAACACUUAAAAGUAGGAUGCAAGCAGGAUAAAACACAACAUGCAAACAAUACAUGGUGAGGUGCAGCAGCACAAGUGCAACAUGUGCUGGGAACAGCACAAUUACCGGUCAAAUGCCAAUGUAUAAGAACAGUCAUUUAAAAAACAUAAGUAAAAAUAUCAACCAAGCAUGUAUAGAAACCCUGUAUACUCCAGGAUGCAUGUAUAACACAGAGCUUGCAAAAUGUAACUGGUAAAAAGCCAGUAUAAAAUAUCAGUCAUAUUAAAAACUAGAUAAAAGCAUCCCCGGCGCAGUCGAUUGCAAUGUCCGCAAUCAGUCUUGCUCUGAUUUUAUUUGCUGCCAAGGUAAAGAGAGAGACCUUAUACGUGAUUGUGGAGUUGGUGUCAGAUAAAAGGUAUUAUAUUAUAUUAAUACUGAACUGUAUUAAAUAAUGUACCAAGCUUUUUUUUUUCAAGAUGUGAUCUUUGAUCUGAAGAGAACUUUUUAAAAUUUGAAAUAAAUACAUACAUCAUGGAGAAAUCUACCUCUUAAAUUCAGAAUGUUUUUAUGGAAAGAUAUUCUUGGCCAAUUAUCGCAGGGAUAUUCAUAGGAACAUUUAGGAAAAGUAUUUAGAAAACAUGUUCACAAAGGAUAACUAACCGCACAAAUGUUCAUAAAAUACUUUCAAAAAUACUCCCUAAAAAAACUUUGCAUAAAUAUCUGUAAAAACAGAUUCACAGAAAUAUUUGCAGAAAUACUCUCAAAAGUAAUUUCAGAAAAUAAUCACCAAGAUCUAUUAAAUUGUUCUCAAAAAUAAUCAUAAAAAUAUCCACCAAAGUCUCAGCAGAAAUAGUCGCGAAAACAAUCAUAAAUGUAUUUCUGCAAAAUAUUCAGAAACAUUCACAAUAUUAUUACCCAAAAUAAUCCAAAAAAUAUUUCCCAAAAUAAUUGUUAGAAGUAUUCACAGAAAUAUUCCCAAUAAUAAUAAUAAAUAUUCCUAGAACAACAACAACAAUACAGUAGAGUCUCACUUAUCCAAGCCUCGCUUAUCCAAGCUUCUGGAUAAUCCAAGCUAUUUUUGUUGUCAAUGUUUUCAAUAUAUCGUGAUAUUUUGGUGCUAAAUUAGUAAAUACAGUAAUUACAACAUAACAUUACUGCGUAUUGAACUACUUUUUCUGUCAAAUUUGUUGUAUAACAUGAAGUUUUGAUGCUUAAUUUGUAAAAUCAUAACCUAAUUUGAUGUUUAAUAGGGUUCUCCUUAAUCCCUCCAUAUUAUCCAAGAUAUUCGCUUAUCCAAGCUUCUGCCGGCCCAUGUAGCUUGGAUAAGUGAGACUCUACUGUAAUAAUAAUAAUAAAAUUUUCACAAUCAUAAAAAUGCUGAAAUAUUAUUUAAAUAUUUGCAAAAAUAAUCACAAUAAUAUUUGCGGAAAUAUUUUCAAAAAUAAUUUCAGGAAUAACAAACCUUUUUUAAAAAAUAUUCUCAAAAAUAUUCAUUUAAAUACUCAAAAAUAUUUGUAGAAAUAGUCCAAACAGCUGGAGGGAAGCCCAAAGUUGUCCCAGGGUUGUUGUAUGUCUUCCGGGCUGUGUGGCCAUGUUCCAGAAGCAUUCUCUCCUGACGUUUCGCCCACAUCUAUGGCAGGCAAAUAUGCCAGUCUAUUUAUAUUUGCACAUCCUUCUGUUUUAGAGCCGAUGUAUGUUGCGUGUUUGAUGCCAAGUAAAGCUGAGUUUCACAAUCAAAACUGAGUGAACUCCUUUCUGACUUAAUAUUUUUUAUAAUUAUUUUUGUGAAUAUUUUGAUUAUUUUGUCAAUAUUGUAAUUGUCAUUUUUGCGAAUGUAUCUGAUUUUUUUUAAUUUAUUAAAUAUAGUUAUAUAUUACAA